UGCAAUAAACCGCAAGUUCCACGACCUGGCUGCAGAGCUCUCUCGUCUCCCUCUGUCCCGACCGUCCUACCCCCCCGAUGCUCCUACAAACGCGCUCAUCCCUUGUUUUCCCCAAACCAGGAUUUCCCAUUGCCAAGGCCUGGGAGGCUGCGAGGAAGAGGAAGAUGCCCCGGGACACUGAGGCAGAGCACGGGCUGAGCAUGGAGAGCAGGGAGGGCAAAUGCCCGCGGCAGAACCUGGUGGAAGAGGCCGUUUUGAGCGGCUCCACGGCGCAGGAAGCCAACGGGGAGGAAAAGCCCCGGAGAUGCCGCACGAGGAGGGGCUGCAAACGCAGCCGGCGGGGAUCUGAGGGGGAAAGAGCCAGCCUGGGCCGGGAAGGUGGCCGGAGAUGGAGCCAGAGCUCGGAGCUGGUGCUCCAUGAGCAGCUCCCUGGUGGGGAGAAGCCCCACACGUGCGUGGAGUGUGGGAAGAGCUUCAGGUGGAGCUCUGACCUGAUCAGGCACCAGAGGAUCCACACUGGAGAGAAGCCCUAUGAGUGUGAGGAGUGUGGGAAGAGCUUCAGCCGGAGCUCCCACUUGAUGAAGCACCAGAGGAUCCACACUGAAGAGAGGCCAUACAAAUGUUCCGAGUGUGGGAUGUGCUUCAGAGAGAGCUCCAGCCUGUCCCAGCACCAGAGGACCCACACUGGGGAGAGGCCCUAUGAGUGUUCAAAGUGUCGGAAGAGGUUUAAGACAAGCUCCCAUCUCCUCCGGCACUAUCUGAGUCACACAGAGGAGAGGCCCUUCCAAUGCCCCGACUGCGGGAAGGGAUUCAAGCACAACUCCGACCUCAUCACCCACCAGCGCAUCCACACUGGGGAGAGGCUCUAUGAGUGUGAUAAAUGCAGGAAGAGGUUUCAGACCAGCUCUGUUCUCCUCCUGCACUAUCGGAUUCACACAGAGGAGAGGCCCUUCCGCUGCCCCGACUGCGGGAAGGGAUUCAAGCACAACUCCAACCUCGUCAGGCACCGGCGCAUCCACACUGGGGAGAGGCCCUACGAGUGUCCCCAGUGUGGGAAGAGCUUCUCCAGGAGCUCUCACUUGACCCGACACCAACAGAGGCACCGGUAAGGGAAGCCCUGUGAGUGCCCCGAGUGCAGGCAGAGCUUCGUGCGCUGCUCCAGCUCCAUCCCCCACUGGAGGAGGCACUUUGGCCACAGCCCAGGUGAGCCACAUUCCCUGUGAUCCAUGUUGAGAACACACCUGGCUGUUUCGCCUUUUAAUUUCACCUUAAUUUUUUUCUAUUCUCCAUCUCUUUACACUGCAGAAGCCAAGAGGAAUGGAUCUAUCACCUCCAAAUCACUCAAAUCUCAGUGAAAACAGCUCAAUCUUACCCCAAAAAGAGCUCAAACCCACCUCAAAAAACUCAAUCCCAUGCCAAACUCACUCGAUUCCGCAGCCAUCAGGCUGACAUGAGGCUGGGAGGUGAUUUAGAGUCGUGGGGUCUCAAUUAGAGUGGUGGGAUGGAGAUUGUGUGGGGCUGGGUGUGUGGGAUGUAUUUGACAGCAAAUAAAACUCUGAGACUUACUGAUUUCUCUCCUGUUCAUGUUCAGUCUGUUGCAGUUCUGUUUGCAGAGUGCCGCCUUCUCAGCUCAUUGUCUUGGUGUCCCCUUUUCUCUCCUGCCUCUCUUUGCCUGCUCUGUUUCUCUCUCAGUGUCUCCCUGGACCCACGGGACCACCAGAUACCCUGCCCUGAUUUAAUUGACCCAGGCACCACCAGAGACCCUCCCUAUAUUUAAUUGCCUCAGGACCACCCACAACCCUCCCCUGAUUUAUUGCCCCAGGGACCACCCAAUACCCUCCCCUGAUUUAAUUGACCCCUCCCCUGUUUUAAUUGACCCCUGCCUCCAAAGACCCUCCCCUGAUUUAGUUGACCUUUCCCUGUUUUAAUUCCCCUUCCCCUGAUUUAAUUGACCCCUGCCCUGAAUAAUUUGACCCUGCCCUGAUUUUGCUGUCCCCUGCCCUGAUUUAGAUGACCCCUCUGUCCCCACAGACCCUCCCCUGAUUAUUUAUUACUUUAUUUCCCAAUUACUUUUUAAGUUCCCAGUCCAGGGUGCUGAAGUCCUGAAGGCUGGCAGGGAAAUGUCUCUGUAGGAUUUUGCUCCAUUUCCCUUCAAGGGCAGGAACAUCUUUUCCUGGCUGGAAGCUGGAAUUGCAGACUUUUGGAAUAUAUGCAGGGCAACAUGGACUGGGAUCAAACAUGGACUAGGAUCAGAUAGGGGUUGGGAUCAAAUAUGGACUGGGAUCAAACAGGGACUUGGAUCAAAUAGGGACUGGGAUGAAAUAUGGACUGGGAUCAAAUAUGGACUGGGAUCAACUAUUCACUGGGAUCAACUUUGGCCUGGGAUCAAAUAUGGCCUGGAUCUAAUAUGACAGAUUUUAUGGACUGGGAUCAAAUGUGGACUAGUGUUGUAGUGUGUUGUAAUAGCCUGUUUUAAACUUCCGGGUCCCUUCCCCAGGUGUGCCAAUACCCCUCUUUCAGAUCUAAAACAGUAAACUAGGGUAGCUCAGGUGCCAAACAUGUUAGUAGGGUGUAUGGGUUUGCCAAAAGGUGUACUGCCUGACCUUAGCCCGUUGUUUUCCUUAACUUGGUUAAGGAGAGGUGCAUUCUCUGCCCUCCCUGCUGUGUUAGAGGCCCAUACCCCAGGAAACAUUGGAUCCAUUAUUUUCUUGUAAAUUUCAUCCUUAUUUUCAAUUUCAGUUUCACUAAUUGUUAAAAUUAAGCUCAAUAUAUCUCCAUAUUCUUGAUCCUUUACCUCUAAAAUAAUCUCUCCAUCUUUAAAUGUGAUCUUUGC